AAUUACUCUAAAAAAGACAGAAAAUGCGACCUAACAAACCCUCAUAAGAUGCCUUUGAUGAAGUGCAAGGAUCCUAUUCUAUGGAUGAUCAGUACAAUGUAUAAGAAGGGUAUAGAAAUUCAAUUGAUGAAAUUCCGGCAAAUUAACUUAGGUAAUCUUUAUAUAAUAUAGUAUAGUGGAGAUGAAGCAUUAGAAAAGAGUUUUAUGCAAUCAACAGGUCAAUCAUCAAUAUGGCAAAAGAAGGGAUAAAAAACUUCGAUUCCAAUGACAUCUGUUAUUGUAAUGAAGAGCAUGGUUGGAGUGGGAAUUCUAGGAAUAGUAUUAAUUUGAUUUAAGUUAGCCUUAUGUAGCAUCAAAUUUUGGGGCUAUUCUAACAAUAAUAAUUUUGAUGAUAAUCUUUUGUUUGGGAAUCCUUUCAUCAAGUCUAUUAUUAAAAUCUAAGAAUCUUUCAAAAAGGAGUAAUUUUUCAACGAUUGGAUUUUAUAUCUUUAAACAUAAAUGGAUUAUUAUAGUAGUCAAUGUAAUGAUAAUAUUAUCAAAUUUGGGAGUAUGUUUAAGCGAAUUAAUGUAAUUACUUGUUUUUAGUUUUAGUAUUUUUGGAGACACAGCAAGCAAUCUUAUAAAUUAUUUUACUGAUAGAAGUACAGAAGAUUAACCAUUCUAUCUGAAAAGACCAGUUUUUCUUACAGUAAUAAGUAUAAUAUUGCUUCCUUUUUUACUUGUUAAAUCAAUCGAGAAAUUGAGAUUUGUAAGCUUAUUUGCUAUUUUAUCAAUCAGUUCAUUUUCAUGUCUUGUAAUCUAUAAUUUUUUCAGAAUUGAUUAAACAAAUAGUUAGUUUUCAUGGUGGAUUCCAGAUAAUUUCAAUAUUAAAAGAGCCUUAGCAUCUAUGCCAACAUUAAUAUUAGCAUUUAAUUGGCAAUUUAAUCUAUUUCCUAUUUAUAAAGGAAUGGCAUAACCAACUGAUUAAAACUUAGUCACAUCAACAAUUCUCGGAUUUUGUUAGGGAUCUUUCUUAUACUUGAUAGUAGGAUUGCUAGGAUAUGCAACAUAUGGAACAAAUGUAAUAAAUCUCAAUAAAUUAUAGAUUCAACCAAACUUUUUAUUAAGUAUAGAUGAAAAAGACGUUGGCGCAACUUUAUUUGUUAUUUUGAAUUUAACUUUUGUGUUUUCUACAACUCUUACAUUGCCAGUGAUAUUUUUUGGAGGAAGAAACAAUUUUAUUUAAAUGAUCAAACAAUUCACAGUAUUGAUUUUUAUUGAAUUUAGGAAAAUAAAAAAGUGAACGUCUCGGCCAAAAAGAAACUACUAGAUAACUAAUAAACUGAAUAGUAUUACAAAGAUUUGUUGUAAUUCAAAAAGAAGUCCUAAGCUAUUCGAUUUUACGGGAUCAGUAUUGGAUUGUUUAUUUUAUUGGCUAUUGGAGCAGUUUUCAUAAAAAAUUUAGGAACUGUCUACAAUUUAUUAGGAUCGGUAGCUUGUAAUGCAAUUUAAUUGGGGCUACCUACAUUAUUCUAUGUAUUUUUGGUAAAGCAAGUGAAGAAAAUGAAAUUUCGAAGUUAUCCAAAUAAAUUAUUUUAUUUUUUUGUCUGUGCUCUUUUAGGUGUAAGCAUAAUUCUAACAUUCUUAUGCGUGACUUGUGAAUUUAUUUAGCCAGAAAAAGAAGUUAUUGAUGAUUGAUAUUUGUAUAACUAUUUAUAAAUGAUAAGAAAAUUAAAG